AUGGGCCAACACUACUCUCAACCGCGACUAGGCACCAAGCUUCAAGUCAUUGGCGCUGGCCUUCCUCGUACCGGGACCGCAUCAAUCAGCCGAGCUCUGGAAAUUCUUCUCGACGGUCCCGUAUAUCAUGGCGCGACACAAGCCCUUCUCGGCCCUGAAAGAGAAAUCAAAACAUGGAUCAAGGUACUGAUGCAGUGGCGGCCAAAAGACAAUUCAACAAGGCGCUCUAAUCUAGAUCUCAUGAAAGAACAUAUUGACGGGUUUGCCGCAAUUACCGACUCGCCCGGCUCAACUCUCGUGCCGGAAUUAAUGACGGUCUAUCCAGAUGCAAUAGUGAUCUGCACUGUCCGCGAUGUUGAAGCGUGGGAGCGAAGCAUGGCUGCCGUUAGUAGCAAAUCGACGCAGUGGUUCCUGCGCUUCGUCUUGUUCCCUGUGCCCUCACUACGAUACUUUGUCGACUACAUCGAUGCGCUGCGCCAGCAGUGGUUUCUGAAGUAUGGAGAAACCGAGCCAGUGACGAGUAGCUCAUACAAUCAGCACAUCACUUGGUUGAAGGAAAAUGUGCCAGAGGACCGUCUGGUAUUCAUAGAUGUUCAUGACGGCUGGGAACCGUUGUGCAAGGCGUUAGAUCUACCAGUCCCGAAAGAUGUCCCUUUCCCAAGGAUUAACGAUAGCCAAGCUAUAGACAAUUUUGCAAAGAAGAAUAUUAAUAGAGGGCUGCUGCCGCUGACCAUGGUAAGACAAAAUGCGUAA